AUGGACCGCUUCACACAACUCCCACCUUUCACUAGCGAAAAUGCUGUCGCUACUCAGGGAAACUCUAUUCCAUGGGCGUGGGAUGGGCCUGCGCUCUCCUCACAAAUUUACAUAUCCUCAUGGGCGAACCUACUCUUCGCGCUUACCGCCGACGAGUCCCCGGUCUUCAUGGUGAACGGGAGACCGGUCAAAGCAGACCUGUCGUCCAAGACAUACCACCCCGCUACAUUGGAUGCGGGGACUGAGGUAUCCGAAAGCUACACGGAACUGUGGAUGGCGGAUGGCCACGGAGACCAUCAGCUGCAGCCGGGAUCCUGUGCCCUGUCAUUUGUCCUCAAUGGUGUCUCAGGGGAGGGUACUUUGCACUCGUUCUCCGCUACCCCACUGUCGUUCUUACACCAGAUCGGAAAACAAUUGAAACAGAUUGUCUGCAAACAGGCACAGACGGACGGCAUCAAGUUGGAUCUGUCCUCGGACGAGGUCCCUGACCUUUCCAUUUCCAAUCCAGUCCCCCGCAUCCUUCCUGGACCUCAGCUCUUACAUGAGCUGGCACUUGGAGGAUCCAAGGCCUCCAAGAAAGCGAUUGAUUUUCUAUCUGCUGAUGGGGAAACCCGCAGCCUCUCAUACGAAACUCUGGAUCGCCUUUCCUCCAAACUGGCGGCCAAGGUAACCAGAGCUUUGGCACCCUUUCAGGAACAGCUUCCACAGAACGUGGUCAUCCCCGUUCUGCUCCCUCAGUCAUUGGAUCUGUAUAUAUCAUGCCUGGCCAUCCUCAAAGCUGGCGCUGCUUUUUGUCCUUUGAACACUGAUACCCCCCCAGAGCGCAUAAGCUUCAUCCUGCGUGAUGUGGCCGCGAAUGUCGUCGUGACACAGCGAUCGCUGGCGAGCAAGGUGCCAGACGACGCGGCUUUGAUCGUCAUCACCACCGAUGAUUUCGAAAUAGAGGAUUCGAUCGAAGAGUUAUCCUUGGUCAGAAAAUGCGAUGCAUCCCAUCUGGCGUACGUUAUGUAUACCUCGGGUUCAACUGGCCGUCCCAAAGGCGUCGGCAUCUCGCAUCUAGCUGCGACCCAAUCAUUACUGGCUCAUGAUGAGCUGAUCCCCCAGUUCCGCCGGUUCUUACAAUUUGCCUCCCCGACCUUUGAUGUAUCAGUCUUCGAGUGGUUCUUCCCUCUCAUGAGAGGUGCCACAGUCGUGGGCUGUGAUCGAGAGCUGAUGCUGCGGGAUAUCUCGCAUGUCAUGAGAAAGAUGGACGUUGAUGGGGCCGAGCUCACUCCAACUGUUGCUGGAGAGCUGUUGCGCAAACGUUCUGCGGCGCCGGCGCUGCGCGUCCUUUUGACCAUUGGCGAGAUGCUGACCAGACGGGUGGUGGAUGAAUUUGGAGGAUCAACGAAUGCCGCAGGAAUUCUCUAUGGCAUGUACGGACCUACUGAGGCUGCAAUCCACUGUACUGCUGCGUCGAACUUUACGGCAAGUGCUCGGGUGAAUCUGAUUGGCAGGCCAUUCAGUACCGUUUCAUCCUUUAUUGUUUCACUUGAACCGGAACACAAUCUACUAGGCCAGGAGCCUCAUAUUCUUCCAGUCGGCCACAUUGGUGAGCUGGUAGUCGGAGGACCUCAGCUUACCCAGGGCUAUAUCAACAGACCGGAAGAAAACGCCAAAGCAUUCCUGCACAGCGCAACAUACGGUCGACUCUACCGAACGGGCGACAAGGCGCGCAUGCUUCCAAGUGGCGAACUCGAGUGUUUUGGGCGGAUUUCUAGUGGUCAAGUUAAGCUCCGAGGACAACGCAUUGAACUUGGAGAGAUCGAACAUGCCGUAUGCAUGGUACCGGAUGUUCGAAGCGCGGUCGUGAUCGUGGCUGAUGGCAAUUUGGUUGCAUUUAUCCUUGCAAGUGGCAACAAAAUCACUGAUGAAGAGCUGCGCAAGACUUGCCGGCGAUGGCUCCCAAGGUUUAUGGUUCCUGGAGAAUUCAUUCUCGUGGACAGCUUUCCCAAGCUUCCCUCUGGAAAGAUUGACCGGAAGUUAAUGGAGUCGCAGUGUCUCCAGCAGAGACAGGCAGCCCAAAUCCCAGAUCAGCAUACUUCUCGCGAUGCAAUCGAAGAAGCAAUCUUCGCAUCAGUAUCGAGAGUGCUGCAGUCAUCGACCCGCCGAUCCACCGAGAGUCUAGCCGCGUCGGGUCUUGAUUCACUGAGAGCUAUACGGUUGGCUGCCGACCUCCGAGAUGCUGGUGUCAAUAUUGGAGUCGGGACUAUUCUUGAGUGUGACUCAGUUGACGCCAUUUGGCGCCACAUCGGCUCGAGCAGGCAUAGCCAAGAUCGUGCUGAAUUCGAUGAUGUCGAUUUGCAGAAGAUCUCUCAACCCAUCAUCGAGGCUACUUUAAUCAAGCUGGAUACGAUAGGGCUUGGCCAGGAGGUGGACGGUGCGGGGCCGUGUAGUGAUAUCCAACAAGCCAUGAUCGUUGAAACUGUUCGCCAUUCAAGGGCAUACUGUAACUGGAUUGAGCUAGAAUUCGAACCACAUAUCGACAUUGCCGCUGUCAAAGAGUCUCUACGUCUCAUCGCCCAACAAAAUCACCUGUUACGCUGUGGAUUUGUGGAAAUCGGCCUACGAGGUCAUUCUUACAGCCAGUUCUCCUGGAAAGAGCUCAGAGACAACAUAUUUGAGCAGAGUGAAGACUUCGCUUAUGACCUGGCUCUUGGUGAUCAGCAUGGUAUGCUGAAUCCAUUGAGGAUUCAAUAUAGUGUUCAAAACGAUCGGCUACGCCUUCUUGUGCAUAUUCACCACGCGCUUUAUGAUGGGUGGUCCUGGGAUCUCAUUCUCAAUGACCUCCAGUCCGUCUUGGAAGGCCAGGGUGCCACAUCCAGGCCAUCAUAUAAGACCGUCACAGAUUACCUGCUUAAAUAUCAGCCACGCAGCUCAGCAUCUGACUCCCUACUCUUUUGGCGAGACCAAUUAUCGGGAAUGUCGCCUUCCACAUGGCCCAGCUUUCACCCGAGAUACGAUGUCCCUGCCGGUAGCGGUGAGAGUACCCGAGUCCUUGACGUUUCAACAGCUCAGAUCGACCAAUUGACACAUCAACUGCGCAUCAGCCGACAGGCGAUAUUUCAAGCUGCCUUCUGCUACCUUCUUUCGUCCUAUGUAGGGGCUUCCGAUGUAGUAUUCGGCACUGUCUUCUCCGGCCGUACAUUGCCACUGCAGGGGAUUGAGUCAAUCAUCGGGCCGUGUAUCAGAGUUCUGCCCUCGCGCAUGGAUCUUGAAAGGGUUCAAAGUGUAACUGAUCUUCUUCUGGCUAUCCAUAACAUGAACCGCAAGUAUUUGGAGCAGGGAACGAUACCACUUCGAGACAUCAAAAAGGCCUCAGGGAUUGAUCCUGGCCUAAGUCUUUUUGACAGUGCUAUUGUUUGGCAAGAGACCAUCUAUUCGGGUCAUCCUCAAACUGCACCGUUUAAGCAAAUCGCUGCUGCUGACUUUCUCGAGUACGCAUUGUUGCUCGAGCUUGAGCCUAAAGAAGGUGGGAUCAAGGCGAAGGCGACAUAUCAGAAGUCAAUUCUGCCUGCAGCGCAAGUGGAUAUGUUCUUGGAGCAAAUCGACCACGUUGUAUCGGCGAUUGUUCACUCAACAGACCUUCUGAUCAAGGACAUACCUCGACAUCUGCCAAAUUCGGCACUAUCAAUCGAAAAUGAGAACUUUGAGUCACAACACAACCUACCCAGCCUAGCGGCCAAUAUUGAGGUCCUAGCAGCUAUCGAUCCUGAUCGCGUGGCUGUCGAAUUUUUACUCUCUCAAGAUCCGGAAGUUGGAACAAUGACUACCGAAAGCAUCACAUACAAGGAACUGAAUGUGCGGGCUAAUCGCAUGGCUCAUUACCUCGUGCAACUUGGGACUCGUCCACACGAUCUGGUUGGGAUCCUGCUGGACAAAUCCAUAGACCUCUAUGUCUCCAUUCUUGCGGUCUUGAAGACAGGAGCAGGAUACGUUCCUCUGACUCCUAGAACUCCUACGCAGAGAGUACACACUAUUUUGGUCGAAUCGAAUUCGCGAGUCUGUAUCACAGAUUCUCAAAGCGAGCAAGAACAUGAUCUCUGCGCCCUGAAAUCUCUCCAAUCAAUCGAUCUGACCACUCAUUCCUUCGAUGAUUAUUCCCACCAUGAUCUACCAGCAGUCACCGAUGGAUCCAGUAUCGCCUACGCUGUGUUCACCUCUGGAAGUACGGGUACACCCAAAGGUGUCCUAGUUAAGCAUCACAAUAUACAGAGUAAUAUUGCUGUUCUCAUGGACUUAUAUCCCACGCCUAGUGGGUCCAAACUACUCCAAGCAUGCUCACAUGCCUUUGAUGUCUCUGUCUUCGAGAUUCUGUUUGCUUGGCAUGCUGGCAUGACUCUGUGUUCCACUACAAACGACAUUCUAUUCCGAGACAUCGAGCUUGUCAUUCGAGAUCUUGGGAUCACACAUCUCAGCCUAACACCAACAGUCGCAAGUUUGAUCAAUCCAGAAGAAGUACCUGGUGUACAAUUUCUGGUAACGGCUGGCGAAGCUCUGACGACCAAAGUACAUCACGAUUGGGCGGGUAAAGGACUCUAUCAGGGAUAUGGUCCUUGUGAGACAACGAACAUUUGUACCGUCAUGACUGAUGUCAAGGCUUCUACCCAAAUUAAUAACAUCGGCCCUCCUCUGAAGAAUACGUCUGCAUUCGUUGUCACUGACGAUACUGACUUUUGCCUGACACCACGGGGAGCAAUUGGCGAGCUGUGCUUUGGUGGUGAUCAAGUUGCUCAAGGAUACCUGAAUAUGCCCGAUUUGACGGCUGCCAAGUUCGUUGAACACCACACGUACGGACGGCUUUAUCGGUCCGGCGACUAUGGAAGAAUGCUCCCAGAUGGCUCUAUCUCGAUCAUCGGACGCCGAGAUGAUCAGGUAAAGUUGCGAGGCCAGCGUAUCGAACUGGGCGAAAUCAACAGUGUUCUACUUCAAUCCCACACCGUGCAAGAUUGUGCAAGUAUGAUUUUAGAGGCUGGUCCUCGGAAGCAGCAGCAACUGGUCUCAAUCUGGGUACCUUCGGCUUCAUUGAAGCUGACAGAAACUUCGGUGUUGAGAUCCGCUAUUCACACUCUCCACGAGAAGCUUGUCUCAAUGCUCCCGAUAUAUAUGAUACCUUCGCUUCUCAUUCCUGUUGACAGUCUGCCACUGACAGAUAACGGUAAAACGGAUAAGAGAAAGCUACAGGAGCACCUUCAGAAGAUUGCGUUCGAGGAUCUGCAUUUGUUUUCGCCAAACCUUCAGGACGAAGAAGGCGAUGAGGGUUUCUCUGAGCUCGAACAAACCAUAGCGACGAUCAUAUCGAGUGUCACCGGUGCAGAAUUUUAUAGUAUUCGGAGGCAUACUUCGUUUUACAACCUGGGACUUGAUUCUAUAUCAGCCAUAUCAGUCUCACGGCAGCUGCGGGAGUCUGGACUUGGCCAAGUGGAUGUCUCCAUGAUUCUGCGCCAUAGCUCUGUUGCCCGAUUGUCCAAAGCUAUUCAAGAGAACUCGGCCAAAGGCCACAAGAGAGACACAGCAGCUGUGCAAAUCAGUCAAGUAUUCGACGCUGAAUUCGUGGCGCAGACGCAAGAAUACUUCAAACCACUUGGCAGAACGGCUCGAUCUAUAUAUCCCUGCACACCUUUACAAGAAGCGAUGCUGUCGGUAGAAGCUUCAAAAAGCACAUCAGCAUACUUCAACCAUACCUUAUUUACGAUCAAGGGUGAUCAUGAACGCCACCAAAAGACAUGGAGUCAGAUAGCCGAAAGACACCAGAUUUUCCGGACCUAUUUCAAAGCAACGAACAACCCUCGGUUCGCUUAUGCACAGGUCUUGAUGGAGAGCAUCUCCCUUCCAUGGGCCUCACUUGAAGUAUCCCCCGAAGACUUAAACGAAGAGGUUGCAAAGGCAAAGAGCCGUUUCGAAGCAGCCUAUCAGUUAGGUGAUUCCCUCCCGUACUCACUUACACUUUUCACAGAUCCGAAGUCGGAGAAGUCAUUUCUUCUCCUUUCUAUGCACCAUGCCAUGUAUGACGGUGAAGCUUUGGGGCAACUACUGGACGAAGUACAGCUUGCACUCUCGGGUUCACCCUUACCAGAGCCUGUAACUUUUGACAGCUUCAUUGAGUACAUGCUUCAAGUUGACGCGAAGGAGCAGGAGGGCUAUUGGGACAACUAUCUCUUUGAAAUGACGCAGACUCUUGUUGGUGGGCGCAAGAUCAACAAUGACGCAGCGGAAGAUGGGAAAUCGCACCAGAGUUAUGCCAAAUUGGAUUUAUCCUACACUUUUUUCAAAGAACGUUGCAGAGAGCUCUCAGUUGCGCCACUGAAUGUGUUCCAUGCGGCUUGGGCGCGCUUACUUUCGAUAUAUACUGAUUCAAAUGAUGUCUGCUUCGGGAAUGUCUUUAGUUGUCGGACUAUACCACUGGAGGGUGCAGAUCGAAUUGUCGGUCCUUGCUUCAAUACCCUUCCCGUGCGCCUCGCACUUCCGACUGGCGGUACAAAUGAGGACCUCAUGAAAGCGGCACAGAAGAGCAAUAAUAAUACUAUUCCCCAUCAGCUGAGUUCACUACGCCACAUCCAGUCACGGGUAUUAGGGGAUGGCUCGCAGCUUUUUGAUACAAUGGUCAUACUCCAGACCAGGGCCCACAAUCUUGACGACAAGAUCUGGGAAAUGACCUCUGAGGAAGGAAACAUGGACUUCCCUCUCAUCUGUGAAAUAAUUCCAGGUGACAAUGGAGACAGUGUCAAAAUAUGCCUCCACAGCCAAAACUCGUGCAUCUCGCCCCAGGACGCAGAGUUGGCUGCUCAACAGUUCGCCGCAAUCAUCUCCCAAACACUGAAGUAUCCUUAUGCGCAGGCCUCUGACAGGCGAGCUUUAGGAAGUGCGUUACCUUCACUUCCCGACAAGGUAUCUCGAAAGGCCAAGAAGUUUGAGGUUUUGGGCUCCGCUACCGCCGCAGAUGUUCGGCCCUGGACCCUUCAGGAAGAGGAGAUUCGAGAUAUCCUGGGAGAUUUUGCAAAAGCCAAUAGAACCUCCAUCUCGCAGAGUACGACUAUUUUCCAACUCGGCCUGGACAGUAUCAACGCAGUCCAACUAUCCUCCAAAUUGCGGAAUCGCGGUUAUGAAAUAUCUGCAGGCAGUAUUCUGGAGGCUGCCAGCGUGACUGAGAUAGCCAAACUACUCGAAUCACCCAGAAACGAAAUUGAAAUAAAGAACUUCGACUUCGAUACCUUUGCGUCUCAACAUCUGCACGCGACAUGCAAAGAGCUGCAAAUCGCAGAAGAGACAGUGGAGUACCUACGACCAUGCACUCCGGUCCAGAACGGGAUGCUGGCGACCUUCUCAAACACAAACGGCGAUCUGUACUUCAACCAUACGACUAUGAAAUCUCAAAGUCCUUUGAACAAGAAUGCCCUCAAAGAAGCAUGGCAGAAAGUCAUGGCCAAGCAUGAGAUGCUCCGGACAGGUUUCGUGCAGCUCAAGAAUGAAAAGUAUCCCUUUGCAAUGAUAACGUAUCGACAGACAAUGGCGAAGCUCCCGUGGUACGAAGGCACAAAUAUUGAGACAACACGUACAUUUUUUCCAUCUGGCGUGGAUAUGCUCAAGGAACUUCAUCAAGUUCCUUGGUCGCUGACCGUUGAGCAUUUUGACACCGCAACUGUCGUUCGAUUCUCUGCCCUCCAUGCGCUCUACGAUGCGCAAUCCAUGCAGCAAAUCUUUGCAGAUGUUGCAGCAGCAUACGCAGGAGAGGCGCUAGGCGAUGCCCCUUCGAUCAACUCAACCCUCGGCCCGAUCUUGGUAGAGAGCUCGCUCGAGGACGAGUCGCUGAACUUCUGGACGAAAAUAGCGAAGGAGGUGCAACCAACGAGAUUUCCAGAUCUGCAACCUGAACGUGUUGAGAAAAAAGAACUGCUGGUCAAAUCCAGGGUGUGCACAAGUUCGCUCAAGAUACUCGAGGAUGGCUGCCAGGAGUUGGGCGUGACCCUGCAAGCUGCAGCAGAAGCAUCUUGGGCCAGGGUACUGUCUGCGUAUACUGGAGAACCGAAUGUUUGCUUUGGGGUUGUGUUCUCAGGCCGUAACUUAUCUCCAGCCGCUCAGAACGCUGCCUUUCCAUGCCUGGUAACGGUACCUGCCCCUUGCCGGGUUUCUGGGACCAACCGCGAGUUCCUGCAUGAAGUGCUAAAGCGUAACUCGAUGUUGAUGAAACAUCAGUUCACGCCGUUGUCCAAGAUACAAAGGUGGUUGAAAUCAGAGGAGGGCCUGUUUGACACGCUAUUUGUCUAUCAGAAAUUCGCUUCGCAUGAAAACAACACAGAUUUCUGGCGCAUAGUCGAUGAAGAUGCAAGCAUUGAUUAUCCGGUUUCCAUAGAGCUUGUCCCGAAUGCAGCAGAGCUAGAAUUCCGUUUGACGCACAGGAGCGAUGUUGUUCCUGACGAACAUGCGAAGAUCAUCUUGGAGCAAUUCGAUGCUCUGCUAAAGAAUAGUAUCCUGUCCCCCGACUCAAACUGUAGCAACUAUUCGUCUCUCGGCGAUCGUCUGCUCUCUGUCACGCCCGCCAAUGAAAAGAGUCUCCCCUCGACAGUGACAUUACUGCAUUCAUUCGUCGAGGAGAAGGCAGCUGCUAUUCCUUCAAAGAUCGCUUUCGAGUUCGCAUCUGAAAUUACCGAAGAAGGCAUCCAGAAACAGACUUGGACUUAUCGUGAAUUGAACAACGAUGGUAAUAGGAUCGCGCGUCUGCUGCAGAAUAGGGGGGCGACACCUGGAUCAUUGAUCGCUAUCUGCUUUGACAAAUGCCCCGAGGCGUCUUUGGGGAUUCUUGGUGUGUUGAAAACAGGCUGCGCGUAUGUCGCAAUCGACCCCAAUGCCCCGAUAGCGCGCAAGCAGUUCAUACUGGAGGAUUCCGGCGCUAAGGUUCUGCUUUGCACCUCCGGCGGCAGAGCAGCGCUUGGAGAGUUGUCAAAUGUUGACCUCAUUGCAUUGGAUGAGCCUGGCUUGCUAGAAGACAUUUCCUGUGCUCCACUCGUCCUAGCUCGUGAAAUCCGUCCUGACGAUACAUGCUAUUGCCUGUACACGUCAGGGACCACAGGAACGCCGAAAGGAUGCGAAAUCACCCAUGACAAUGCUGUACAGGCCAUGCUAGCCUUCCAGAGACUGUUUGCCGGCCACUGGGACGAGGAAUCGCGAUGGCUUCAGUUUGCGUCCUUCCACUUUGACGUCAGCGUCCUCGAGCAAUAUUGGAGCUGGAGUGUAGGUAUUUGUGUCACUAUGUGCCCGCGGGACUUGCUGUUUGAGGAUCUACCUGGGACCAUCAACCGGUUGCAAAUCACCCAUAUUGAUCUCACUCCCAGUCUGGCACGACUGGUGUUCCCAGACGAAGUUCCUUCUUUGUGUAGAGGAGUAUUCAUCACCGGUGGUGAGGCUCUGAAGCAAGAGAUUCUGGACGCAUGGGGCAAGCAUGAGGUCAUCUAUAACGGCUACGGGCCAACAGAGGUCACGAUCGGGUGUACCAUGCUCCCCAGAGUACCCGUUAACGGAAAGCCAUCCAACAUUGGGCCCCAAUUUGACAAUGUUGGAUCGUAUGUCUUUGCCCCGGGAACCUGUACACCUGUUAUUCGUGGCGGCGUUGGUGAGCUCUGUGUCUCUGGUGCUCUUGUUGGUCGCGGCUAUCUCAACUGUGCAGAGUUGACCAAAGAGCGGUUCCAGUACCUGAGCGAGUAUGAUGAGAGGAUCUAUAGAACAGGUGACUUGGUCCGCAUCCUGCACAAUGGGUGCUUCCAGUUUCUAGGUCGCAUCGAUGAUCAAGUCAAGCUCCGCGGGCAGAGACUGGAGAUUGGCGAGAUCAACGAGGUAAUCAAGCAUGCGACUUCGGAACUAGGUGAAAUCUCUACCUUGGUGAUCAAGCAUCCGAUGCAGUCCAAGGAACAGCUCGUUUCUUUCGUUACCAGGAAUUCUGGCGGAAAGAAAUCACGGUCGAUUGAGGUCCGCUUUUCACAAGAUGACCAUACUUUCCUAUCGCAGGUGAAGGAUGCCUGUCACAAUAGUCUCCCCGGUUAUAUGGUUCCAACGCAUAUCAUCCCUAUGACUGCGUUACCACUCUCUCCGAAUAACAAGAUAGACAACAAGGUCCUGAAGGCGAUCUAUGAGCAGCUGUCUCUCGAAGAGAUACAGAAUUUGACUGCCUUGACCGCGAAAGCCUCCCGUGAUAGUGACGAGGAGAAGAAGAUCAGAUCUGUUCUGGCGAAGUUCAUCGAGACUGAAGAGAGCGAGAUUCAACCAUGGUCUAGCAUUUAUGAGCUGGGCUUGGACUCGAUCUCCGUCAUAUCAUUCACAAGACGCCUGAAGGAUGCAGGCUUCCAUCAGGCUCACCCAGCCAUGAUCAUGAAGAAUCCCACGGUUUCCGGAUUGGCGUCUGCUUUGGAGCAGUUCAAGGCCCCCUUGAUCAGCCGAACAAGCCUCACCAAGAAUGCGAGGCAGACUAUGGAUGCUUUCAGCCACCGGCAUGCCCAUGCCGUGGUAGAGUCUAUUGGUGUUUCAGCUGCUGACAUAGAAGCUAUUGCCCCCUGUACACCACUCCAGGAGGGUAUCAUCUACCAGUUCUUGAACUCGAGCGAAGCCCCGUAUUGUUCAUCUUUCGUCUUCAACCUUCAACCACACGUCGACUUUGCGCGUUUGGAGAGAGCAUGGUCCCAGACCCAAGUUGAAGUGGACAUGUUACGCGUGAGACUUGCGGCUACACCAGACGGGUACGCACAAAUUUUUAUGAGGAAGAAUGAGCUGCCAUGUUCCCAGAUGACAGUAUCUUCUGACGAAGAAGCGGAGGAAGUUCGUCAACAGAGGUUCAAAACAUGGAUUUGCAGCCUGGACAACCUCUCAAAGAAUCUGUGGGAGGUGUGCCUGGUCAAGUCUCCAAGCGGAUCCUUGAUGUACCUCAACAUCUUCCAUGCUCUAUAUGACGGCAACAGCUUCGCGCUCCUCAUGGAGAAGGUAGCAAGAAACUAUCUCGGCGAGAUAUCACCUGGCACACCAACCUCCUUCCUGGAAGCUUUACCAGCAGGACCCUUGUGCAAGGAUCCUUUGGCGGAGAAAUUCUGGAUGGACCAUCUGGGAGAUGCGCGUAGAGAAGCUUUGCCAAAAUCAAAGUCAUCUAGCCAUCCCGCAUUUACCCAGAAGAUCGAUAUAAAUGGCACAGAAUGCCUGGACAACCUUAGGAAAGUGCUCAAUGUCACGGAGCAAGCAAUCCUUCACGCAUGCUGGCUGCGAACACUCCACCACCAAUACGGAUUUGUUCCCACCAUAGGGAUUGUUGUUUCAGGAAGAGCAUUGGACCUGGCUGGGGUAGAGGAGGUCAUUGGGCCUUUGUUCAACACCAUUCCCAGCAACGUCAACUUCCGCCGUUUGAAGACCUGGUCCGAUGUCAUCCAAAGAUGUCAUGAUUAUCAUACCUCCACUUUGCCGUAUCAACACACCCCUCUGCGAGAUAUCAUGAAGUGGACGAAGAGAAUCCCUACCGAGCCUCUUUUCGACUCGCUAUUCGUGUUCCAGCGCUCUGCCAACGACCGUGAACCGAGGAGUCGUGAGCUAUGGGAAGAAGCAUACACUGAGGCAAAUCAUGAGUAUCCCCUGGCUUUUGAGGUCAGUCGCAAUGGUCACAGCUCUUUGACAGCAACAAUAGCAGUGCAGGAUCACGUUAUGUCAACAGAGACAGCACAGGAGAUCCUGUUAAAUUUUGAGAAGCAGCUGCACGCUCUCUCGCAGGAUCCGGCGAUGGAACUUCCUGAGGCGUCAGAAAGCGAUGUCUCCGAAACAGUGACGCUCAAGAAUGAAGUUCAGACCGCUGAAGAUGAGAGCAACUUCCAUUGGACGCCUGAGGCAUAUAUCAUUCGAGAUGCUAUUGCAGGGCUCGCGGGUGAUGAGAAACAAUCCCUUAGCCCAAGAACGUCAAUCUUUGAGGUUGGAUUGGACAGUAUAGAUGCCAUCAAGCUCUCUUCCAGAUUAAGCAAAUCCGGCAUCCGACUGACUGUCAGUAUGAUCAUGCGGUAUCAGACGAUUGAAAAGAUGAGCGAGCAUUUGGCGACGACAAACGGCACUUCGCAGAAAGAUCCGCACGCGACUUUGACUCAGCUCGAGGAUGCACUCAGGCAAUUCAUGGAGAAGGAAACAGACAUUGCAAAUGAUUGGGACCGUAUUCUGCCGGCUACGCCUUUACAAGAAGCCAUGAUGGCUGAGAUGGUUGCUUCCAACUACAAAAAUUACUACAACCACGAUGUCCUUGAGCUGGAGCCGCAUGUGGAUGUUGAGCGAAUGCGCGAUGCAUGGAAUGCAGUGGUCAAAGCCCAUCCCAUUCUGCGGACUUCAUUCGUCGAAAUUUGGGACCCGAAGAUCCCCGUCUCGUACGCCCAAAUUGUUCAUCGCGAGUCUGACCUUGACAUCCAGACAUUCGAUCUGAACGAGAAACCUGUCGAGGCCAUAAUCGAAGAACACCGCUUGCGUGCGGCUUCAAAGCAGGCACCGCAACCACUGCUGACGGUAUCCAUCGCUGUUGACUCUGACAGACGAUACUUAAUUCUCUCAAUCGCCCAUUCUCUUUACGAUGGUUGGUCAAUCAACCUUCUUCACGAAGACGUUGCAAAGUGCUACUCGGGUGAACAUUGCCAGAGACCUGGAUAUGAUGGCAUCCUCAACAGCAUCCUCGCGUCCUCCGGAGACGGUGCGGCCAAGUUCUGGCGAGCCCUACUAGCGAACUCGGUUCCUACUUCAUUUCCAAAGGGUCAGUUUGCCGGUGACGAUCAGUCAAUCGUCUAUCGCAUGGAAAGAUCGCUCUCCGUCUCGAACAGGGCAGCUGAGAAGUUUUGCAAGCGCAACGGACUCACGAUGCAAGCACUCUGUGUCAGCUGCUGGGCACUCGCACUGGCUGGAUACGUCAAGAAGCUGGAUGUCGUCUUUGGACUGGUCUUUUCAGGACGCAAUCUGAUCGAUUCGGAAAGCGUGAUGUUCCCAACCAUGAACACUGUCGCCAUGCGCGCGAUUCUCCACGGCUCGCGGCUGGAGAUGGUCAGAUACAUCCAAAGCACAUUGGUGGACAUGUCCGAGCAUCAGCAUUUCCCUCUCCGCAAGGCACGGCCGGAUAUCGGUGCCGGUCAGCUCUUCAACACACUGUUCAUCUAUCAGAAGAGACCCGUGGAAGUUGGUUCCAGCGCUCCAGCACUGUACAAGUCGACUGGCGGCUCCUCGGCAACCGAUUACCCUGUCUGUGUCGAGAUAGAGAGUGUUGCACAAGACGUGGUUUGCAGAGUUGCUGGCCGAGAUGAUGUGUUGGGUGAGAGGGAUACCGAAGAGAUCCUGAGCAGGAUGGACGAGGUUCUAUCCCGUGUCGUGCAGGUGCCGAACGAACAGACUAUCGAGUUCGUUGACGGAGGCAUGAGGAUCUGCGGGGGUGUCUCGUUCCAGGAGGUUUCCUUGAAUGGUACCAUGGAGGAGAAGAGGGAGGCUUUGUCGCCGCGUCUGACAGAAUGGUCCAGUGUUGAAUCGCAGAUCCGCGCCGUUCUCGCUGCAGUCUCGGGCGUGUCGGAGGAACAAAUUACGAAAGAAGCCACUCUCUUCCACCUUGGGCUAGACAGUAUCAGUGCCAUCAAGGUGGCCGCACUCUUGAAGAAACGCGCGGUGAGACUCACGGUUAGCGACAUGCUCAAAGCGGGUACCAUUGUAGGGAUGGCCCAGCUUGCCAGUCAGACACAGAUUGAGACCGCAUCCGGUGAUCUCGGCAUGACGCUGGAGAAGUCGCUCGAGGAAAUCGACAUUACGGCAUUGUUGACAGCGAACGGCAUUGAGUCGGAACAGGUUGAUACGGUAUUCCCUGCGACGUCCGGACAAAUCUACUUCCUGGCUAUGAAUGCCUUGAAUCCGCAGAGUUUCUACCCCAAUUUCAACUACGUGGCCAACCAAGUCCUGCAGCCGGACCUGCUUAACGACGCAUGGGAUGGUUUACGUCAACUGCCUAUAUUACGAACUGCGUUCCUGCGGACGGAUGACGAACGCGUUCCGUUUGUGCAAGCGAUCCUGAAGACCGUUGACAGCCCGAUCGUCUGGCAUGACGAGGUGCAUCAAUUCACAACAUCGCCGGCCGCGCAGCGGAGCAUCGGGUCGGUACCGCUGACUCUGCAUGCCUGCCAAACCAGUCGAGGGACGGCUCUGAAGCUUCAUAUCCACCAUGCAUUGUACGACGCCGUUAGCCUUCCCAGGCUGGUUGACGCUUUGGCUACGCUCUGUGACAACCGGGAUGCUUCCUUGCCUAGCGAUCAUGCUGAUCUCCGGCGCUAUGUGGCGUUCGAAAAGACGCACUCGCCUGUGGAUAUUCGAAGACAAUUCUGGGAAAAUUACUUGGGUAAGGCCGGUGACAAUGAGAGCCCAAUGCCCGGUAGUUCCAUCCCCUUUGGCGCCAUUGAGUCCUAUUACCACCCGGGAUUGAUCGCCAACAUGUCUCGGGUCGAAGAGGCUGCCAGGCGGGAGAAUGUCAGUGUGCAGGCGAUUGUGCUGGCCGUCUACAUUCGUGUUCAUGCGCAGUUGAGCGGGAAAGGAUCAUCAGGCCGGGCGGUGAUCGGGCUGUAUCUCGCCAAUCGAUCACAUAGCAUGGAGGGGCUCCCAGAUCUCAUGGCGCCCACUCUGAAUAUUGUUCCCUUGCGGAUCGACGAUAAGCAUGGGAAUGACCUGUCAGUUUUUGCAGCGGCGCAACAGAUCCAAAAGGAGCUGAAUGACAUCAGCCGCGUCGAACAUGCCGGGGUGUCGGCGGUGGAGCUUGCAGGGUGGACGGGCGUCACGGUGGACGCUUGCGUGAACUUCUUGCGGUUCCCAGAAAUGCCUCAGGCCGGUGAUGAUGAAACGGGGGGGAAUCAAGGGGUUCGCUUUGCGUCUGUUACGGCUCAGGAGGCGACCUUGUUGGUCGGGCAGGAGGAAGCCCGCGCUCCACCGGCGGCGCCUUCUCCGGACGCCCAAGAGAGCGACCGCAACGCAGGGCAGGAUGGUGGGAACCCGAUGAAACCGCUCCAGGACGUAUUCAAGGUAUCAACGACCUUAGGAGCCAGAAGCUAA